AUGACCGAUUCAAUAAUAUCAGUAGCUGAAUACAAUGAUUCAAGAACUGUGAGCGAAGCAGAUAUUCUUGUCCAUACAUCCCUAACAUCAUUAACUAUCAAUAAUCAACAGCAAUUAGCAAAUGAUUCACUUUCUCUUUUGAUAAAUCAAGCAGACCAAGUAGAAACAAAAGAUUAUUACAUUAAUUACAUCGAUGAUCCAGAAGAAGAAGCAGAUAAGAGUAGAAUUUAUAUUGCUGACGAAAUCAAUCAAAAAUCAGUAUUAACGUUGAAUAAAGAUACACCACUAACACAGGUCGUUCAAAGAAGCCUUCGAUAUUUAGAAGUGACACAUGUACCAGAAACAUUGUUUACUGAUGAUAAUAUACGUUUACAAUUUGAAUCAAUAUUUCAUGAAUAUGAUCCCGAAGUUGUUAUUAGUUAUUCUCAAGAAUUUAAUCGAUGUUAUCUAACAUUUUCUGAUGUCAUAUUAGCAUUACAAAUACAAGCAAAUAUGAAUGGAAAAGAGUUUCAAGGAAAAAAUAUGAAAGUCAUAUUUUCAGUUCAACAAGAUGCUAUUGAUUAUUUAAAACCACCUGAACAUGAACGAGUAUUCAUGCAAUCACCACCAACUACACCACCAAUCGGUUGGGUUGUUCAACGUGAAGCACCCCCCUCGAUUAAUUUAGAUUUAUUUCUAGCUCUAAGUAAACUACAACCACAUGAACCGUUGGAAAUAUUAUCAAAGCAAGGAAAUUUACCAGCGAUUAUUAUACAUCCAUGUUCAGAUACAAGUUCAGACGAAGAUGAAAAUGGUAAUGUAACAGGAAUAAAAACAACAACAACAACAUGUAGAGAAAACAAAGAGUCACCAGAAGAAAAACGUCGUGUACAUAUCUUACAUGAUGCGAUUUUCAUACCCGGUGACAAUGAAACGGUGAUUGUACCAUGCAAUGAACAAAAUAAUAUGAUUGGGGCAGGAGAUAAAAAUUAG